UUCUUCCCUCUUAAGUCUUGAGCAUGUCUCGGCCCCUAAUCUUCCUCGCUACGUCAGGGCUGAUCUCACUUGUUCCAAUAUUUUCUCGCAACCAAAAGAAUAUGUUCGGUUGCUCGUCUCCGAGAUUCACUUCCCACUCCCCGGCAUCAUUAAACGAUCGAACCGGAAUCCAAAAAGAUCUGUAGGGAGAGUCGGCGAUCGCCAUGUGGGUGGAGAUCGUCUGCGGUCUGGUCGUUUACAAGCUUCUCCGGCGAGUCUUCUACGGCGACGACGCCGUCCCGGACGUCGAUAGCUCCGACUCCGACGCGAGCUUCGCCGUCGCCAAAAGGUUGGAGAGGCUUUACGGUGGGAAGACAUUCGUUGGGCUUCGAAUUCCCGAUCCUGACACCGGCGUCCGGCAGCAUAUUGAUGUAGUUCUUGUCACCAAAAGGGAAGUGAUGGUGGUGGCAGUGAGGAACUUUUCUGGGUUCGUGGAGGUUGGAAAGGAUGGGAGCUGGGUUUGUACCGGUGACAAGAAACAUAAGCCGGAAACCCAUCCGGAUCCUAUGCUUGAAAUCAGCAGACAAGUUGGAAUUCUUCAAUUGUACUUGGAACAAAGGGGGGUACCUUUGCCCAAGGGGCACAUAAUUGGCAGAAUAGUGCUGCCAAAUCCAAACUGCAGGCCUACCUAUUCUAUUGCUUUUCAACCGGAGGUUAUUUCUUUUGACAAAUGGAGAGAGCUCAAGCCAGAAUGGAAAGGUGGAGUUACCAGCUGGAUUAAAGAUGCAUUUCAUGGAAGCAAGGGUGAAAUGCAGGAUGGGUCAUAUCAGAAACUUAGUUUUAUUCUCAGUACAUCACCAAUGUGGGAUUGCUUAAAACUUAAAGGUGACAGAAACAUUCUUGGCGAGUUCAUUGAAUUUAAAGGAAAUCAAGAUGACAUGCAAGCUUUGAGAAAUUUGAAGAGAUCAAAAGUUAGCCGAUUCAUCAUCCAAAAGCCAUCAAUGUUAGGGUUUGGUAGAUCAAGAAUCGAGCUCUUGUAUUCACACCGUGAUUAUCGGAGUGAAGGGGCUUCAGCUUCAGAAUGGGAUGAGGUUGCGGUGAAGCCAAAUACCGAGUUUUUGUUUCAGCCAUUGAACUCCAAAAAACCUCGGAAGUUCAAGCUUUCAAGUGCUGUCUCUUUGACACUUAGCGUCUAGUAACAGUGAAAUUUUAGGCGGCAAAGAGUGCUGGAUUGAAGAACCCCCAGUUUUCGGUUGUUUCUGUAUACGUAUAUCCUCAGAAUUGAAGCAGUUCAAAAAAAAUGUGCCUAUAAUAUUGUGCUAGAUGUUCUUGUAAAGAAUAAGUCAUUGACCGCAUUGGGCAAGAUGUGCUUGUAAAAAAGACCAAUAUUGUGCCUAUAAUAUUUUCGCUCUCGUAAAGCGCAUAUUUUGAAAUAAUCUUUUUCUCGUGUC